GAUUGGUCCCAGCUGUUAUAGACACUCCUAUCGGAAAUUAAGAGGAAGAGCGACAGACAGCAAAAAGUAGAUUUGCAAUUAUUAAAAUCCGUACCGAAUGCCCCGGGGCGAUGUAUUUGGUGUGUAAAUCCAACCAGGUGACGAGGGAGUCUCUGCUACGCAUUUCAUUGUUUAUGAUCUCCUGGUAGAAACUGCGUCGCAACAAAGGGAGACAUGUGUUAGCCGCAGGAAAGACUGCUGGGGAUAGUCCCAUCUCACCACCAUGGGUGGCUCUGUAAGCCAGGUGUUUCGUUCGGGCUCUGCGCUGCUCUCCCAUCGCGACGGAAAAGUGUCCAAGGCCACCGAAGAAACCAUCCAAACAUUGUUCGAUAUCCUGCGCGCUAACCCCAAGGUCUCGCUCCAAACGCUUGAGAGUCUGCUGAUCCAGAUACCCAAGCACGAGAAUAUCUUGGCCCUCCACGACGAGUACGGCUACAAUAUACUGCAGCGCAGUGUCGGCCUAAAUCACAUCGAUCUCACUAAAUGGCUGCUGCACCGUCACCGUCCGGACGUGAACCGCUCCCCGUGCUCCCUACCGUUGCACAUUGCCACGCUCCGUGGCUACGAGGAGUGCGUGGAGCUGCUCCUGAGACAUGGUGCCCGCAUUGAUGUGGACACACGCAUGUGCUUUCCUGGCGCCCACACCCGCAACUGUGAGGAGAGCGGCAAGUGGCACAACAAUGUGGACGAUGUUAGCGAACGCCUAAGCACAAAGCUCCAAAACGCUUUGUACUACGCCAUCGAUGGCGACCAGUACAACGUUCUCAGUCUGCUCACCCAGAAAAUGGAGGAGCCUUGGAUACCAUUCCGCGUUAAGAAACCGUUGCUUCAUCUCGCUUGUGAACGGGGGGCCUGGAACUGUGUCCAGCAGCUGGUGGUGACGCGGUCAGAAGAGAUCAAUUUGAUCAUGGACGAAUACUAUCCUAUCCAUCACGCCGUGCUCCACGACGGUCGCUUUCUAGAGUUGCUCAUCCACCAGGGCGCUGUCACCACAGUGCGCACCUGCACCCAACAGAUGACUCUGCUCCAUGUGGUUAUUUUUGCCGCUCGAAAGUCGGCAGAAGACACACUUGCCACACUCCGUAUACUGCUGGAGCGCGGCUGCAAAGAGCUGAUCAAUGCACCGGACUCUCUGGGUAACACCCCGCUGCAUGCCCUGAUCGUACGCUAUGCGCUGGAAGAGGCCCGCUACGGGUAUGACAAGUGGAGCAAGUGGGACGUGCUGCAUCUGGUGCGCUUCCUGCUGCAAAACGGUGCCAAGCAGUCGAUCAACCAAGCUGGAAACAGUGCCAUGGCUUGCGUAUUCCGCCACCUGCGUGACUGGGAGGUCUGUUACGAGCUGCUGAGCAUGCUUAUCAAGGAGGAUGGCGACCCGAACAUAGUCGGCAGGGAUGGGUCUGUGCCGAUUAUGGUUUUGCUGGUACCGCUAAUUAACAAGGAUCACUUGCAUCACUUUACGCACUCAAUGAAGGUUUGCUAUUUAAAUUGCAUUCGCAUGCUGUUGCAGCACGGAGCGAACCCGAACUGUUCGUACCGCGCUAACCUCAAGCCACUACACGUUCUCGUGUUCACGGUUAGUGAGAAUUUUACGUUGAACUGCGACACCCAGAAGCGUACAAAUUUUGACUUCAUCAAGAACAUCCUGCUGUUGCUGUUGCAGCACGGCUUGGACUGCAACAAGACAUAUCAACAGAUUCUGCAGGCGGUGAUGGACAUGGUGCAGAAUGUGCGAACUUGCCACGAUAUGGAGUGCGUCUACGAGCUAACGCUUACUUUGAUCCAGUACGGAGCUGAUCCAAAUAUAUUGCUGAGUGACAAAACUACGCGCGCCAUUGCGAUCUUCUCCACCGAGCUGGCCACUUUCCGAAGCUCAUUUCGCACCAAUUCCUGCUACCUGCUCUUCUACUACAUCAUUUUGAUAACCAAGAAGGAGUUCAUUCUGCUAGAUCCGCAUGCAACAUACCAGCGAGUGAUCCACCUGUUUUACCUGACCAUGGAGCACGAGCCCCUGUUCAACUGCCUUAAGUCGCUGCACAACUUCUACGUGGCACAGGUGCCAAGUAAAAAGACGGAGCAUCUCAUAGCCCUGAUCUCGUCGCUCUACCGCCGGCCCAGGAGCCUCAAGCAACUGGCCCGCUUCGCCAUCUAUGAGGCGAUGAAUCGAAAGCUGGCCCAGAACAUAAACCGUCUGAAUCUUCCCGGCCCGCUUAAGGACUAUGUCCUGCAGUUCGAACGGUAGCGAUUGGUAGUGUAGUGAAGCCCAACGACCAAUAAAUCCCAACCGCAAACCGCAGCGAAUUUGAAAAUCAAUCACGACUAAUGUUGUACAAUUUAAUACGCAUAUUUACCAGGGAGUCCAGUUCAGUGCUCUAGUAUUUGCCUGCACCCCUCGUUGCUAUCUGGUCUGUUCUGGAUGGCAUCUUUAGAAAAGAACUCAUUGGAUCGUUGGAUUAAAUAUUAGACUUAAACUGAAAGUCCCGGACAGGCCCGUGUAAGAAAUAGAAACGCUUAAACGUACCUAGACUCAACAGAAACACACACAAACAAAGCAAACGGUUUAAGAAAAUAUUGUCAAAUCAAACACGUGCAAUUUCUUUGAUACGAAUCUACUAUAUAUUAACUAUAUUUGUUGUGAGGAGGAUCGUGUUACACUUCUUCUCCUUUAAAGAUCCCUUGCCUCUCCUUCUUCACAUCUCAUGCUUCACAAGUUAUAGAUCAUAAACUUAAGGCUGUUUUUUGAAAAACAUUUCGGGUGUUUUAGAAUAUUGUACAUUUGACGGCAAUUUUUAUGAGCGAGAUGAUAUGUAAUUAUUAUUGUAACUAUUAUUAUUAUGAUUAUUAUUAUUAUUGUUGCUAAACCGUUGUUAAUCUCUGUAUCUGUAAUGUCAUUCUCAAUCGAAUUGAUAACGCUAUCGAUCAAUAAAUACAAUUAAAAAUUCAAA